AAAACCCUCGAUCCUCGUGCAAGCCUCAGUCUCUCUCUCUUUCUAUCUCCCUCCAUUUUCAUUUCCUUCCCUUCUCCUACCUCUAUAUCUGUGUCACCUUCUCUCCACUUCUCUUCACCAAAUGAAACCGCUUCUCUAACUCUCUCUCUCUCUCUCUCUCUGUUGUCUGCUGUUUUUUUCCCUUUUAUUUUUACAUGCUAGUUUGCUAUUUCCAAAGAAAAACAAGUGAAAGCGAAACCCAAUAAUCUCUUCUUUUCAUUGUCUCACACCACCGACGACAUGAACAUGGAUUCUUCUUCUCAUACACAGAACUGGCUCGGUUUCUCUCUUUCCACCCAUCAUCACAUGAAUAUGAGUAUCCCAUCUUCUGAUCCAUCUCAUCUCUGUCUCUUUGAAGCGUUUAACUCCUCCACUGCCCGAGUUGGUGCUGUGGAUAGAGCACAAGAAGAAGAUGCAACUGCUGGGAAUACUACUGUAACAGACCUGUCUAUAUUUACAAGAACUGGACCAAAGCUCGAGGAUUUUCUUGGUUGUUCCACCACCACUGCACCACAUUCACAACAACCACAACAUCCUCCUCCUCCACCGCCACCACCACCAUCGGUGCAGUCCCUUUGUCCUUUCCCUACUGAAACACCCGUGACUAAUGCUUCUGACACUUCUGAGAUAUAUGAUUCUGAGCUCAAAACCAUAGCAGCUAGUUUCCUUCGUGGAUUUUCUUCCACUACUGAACAAACCGAUACAACCCAAAAACAACAAUCCAUUGUUCAGACUGAAUCUGCACCAAGAAAAACUGUUGAUACCUUUGGCCAGCGCACAUCAAUCUUCAGAGGAGUCACCAGGCAUAGGUGGACGGGCAGAUAUGAAGCUCAUUUAUGGGAUAAUAGCUGCAGAAGGGAAGGCCAGAGCAGAAAAGGAAGACAAGUUUAUUUGGGCGGUUAUGAUAAGGAGGAGAAAGCAGCUAGAGCUUACGAUCUUGCUGCUCUCAAGUAUUGGGGUCCGACCACCACUACAAACUUUCCGAUUUCUAACUAUCAGAAAGAACUGGAAGAGAUGAAGCACAUGACUAGGCAAGAAUUCGUUGCUUCACUAAGAAGGAAAAGCAGUGGUUUCUCUCGAGGAGCUUCAGUUUAUAGGGGUGUGACAAGGCACCAUCAACAUGGUCGAUGGCAAGCAAGGAUUGGACGAGUUGCUGGCAACAAAGAUCUUUAUCUGGGAACUUUCAGCACUCAGGAGGAAGCUGCUGAGGCUUAUGACAUAGCAGCAAUCAAAUUUAGAGGGCUGAAUGCUGUAACCAACUUUGACAUGAGUCGCUAUGACGUAAAAAGCAUAGCCAACAGUAAUCUUCCUAUCGGUGGAAUAUCUAACAAGUCCAAGAACUCAUUGGACUCAGCUUCAGAAACUAAAAGCAUUGAUGGGUGUAGAUCGGCUGACGAGCGAGAUCUCUCUUCAGCAUCUUCAGUAACAUUUGCAUCUCAACCUCCUCCUGCAACCUCUACUUUAAGCUUUGCAAUGCCCAUCAAACAAGACCCAUCUGAUUUCUGGUCCAACAUCCUAGGAUGUCAAAACCCUACUACUACUUCCACUUCCUUAAACAACAUUGGUAAGAACGCUAAUUGUAACGUUGCUCAAAGUGUUCUGUUUCAAUCUUCCACCAGUUUUCCAAGCACUACAGCCUUCAAUAUGGAGUUUAAUAAUGGAAGUUCUACAGUGCAUGACAGCAACCAAAAUGGGUUACUAUUUAGUGGUGGCUACCUGCAGCAACAGAGCGGUGGUGGUGGUGGUGGUGUUAGUGCCAAUAGUUCAAGUUCAGUCCCAUUUGCUACACCUAUUGCUUUAACUAGUAGUGGAAGCAGUUACGAGGGAAAUUCUAGUUAUGGAAGCUGGAUUGCACAAUCUUUACAUUCUUUCCAAUCUGCAAAGCCGAAUCUCUCCAUGUUUCAGACCCCAAUUUUUGGCAUGGAAUGAUCUCAUCAAAAGAGGAAAGGGGGAUACAUGGGAAUGAGAAUCUCUGCAAAGGAAUCAGAAUGGUGGAGGCUAGUGGUGGUGGUGGUGGUGGAGGAGGAGGAGGAGGAGGAACAUGUGCAUGCAGAGAUUGGUGGGUGAUAACUUUUUGAAGUUGAAGAGAGAGGAGAGAUGGGAAAUGAUGAGUUGGUGGGGACUGAGUUCGAGCAUUGGACAGAAGCUGACCGUGCUAACUGAAGUUCUUUUCUUUCUUUCUUUCUGAUGGUCUUUGGUUCUUUUUCUUUUUUUCUUUUUUUUUUUUUUCUCUUUUGCUUUUUGUAAUUUUUCUUUACUGACGUGAAUUUACUUGGGUAUAAAUGAAAAUGAGAAAUGAAAAAGAGAUCCUUUUGUAAUCUGUCUCUUUUUGGCUGGAAAUUAAUUAUGGAUGUGAAGAAUUUUUCCACA